GGGAGGAGAAGAAAGCCAGUGGGUGUGCUAGUGGGGGGGUGGCCAAACUUCCUGUCCCGCUCGGGAGCUGCUUCCGGCGGGAGCCGGAAGACGCCGUGUGUGGACGGAAUUCGGGACUGACUGCCGGACGGCCAGCUGCCCUGGACUGGAAGGUUAAAUUGGUUACCAACCUAGCUCAGCAUCUUACAGAAAAAAACAUAAUGUUUCUUAAAGGGCUAUGAGUAUAACAGGAAGGUGUCAUUGACUCUGAAUUAGAUUUGAACCUGUGCCCUGAACAGCCACAGGAUUUCAGAAGCUGAAUCAAUGUUAUCAGAUGAGUUAGAAUCCAAACCAGAGCUCCUGGUUCAGUUUGUUCAGAAUACCUCCAUCCCCCUGGGACAAGGGCUAGUAGAAUCAGAAGCUAAAGACAUUACUUGCUUAUCCCUCCUUCCAGUGACCGAGGCCUCAGAAUGCAGUCGGCUAAUGUUACCAGAUGAUACUCCACAUCAUACUAACUCCUCCAAGGAGGUCCCAUCUUCAGCUGUUUUGAGGAGCCUUCAGGUGAACGUGGGCCCAGACGGAGAAGAGACAAGGGCUCAGACUGUACAGAAGUCCCCAGAAUUUCUGUCCACUCCAGAGUCACCUAACUUGUUGCAAGAUUUACAGCCAAGUGAUAGCACUUCUUUUAUUCUUCUUAACCUAACAAGAGCAGGUCUGGGCUCUUCAACUGAGCACUUCGUGUUUGUACAGGAUGAGACAGAGGAUUCGGGGAAUGACUUCCUCUCUGGUGAGAGCACAGACAGCAGUAUCCCGUGGUUCCUGCGGGUCCAGGAGUUGGCCCAUGACAGUCUGAUUGCUGCUACUCGUGCACAGCUGGCAAAGAAUGCAAAAACCAGCAGCAAUGGAGAAAAUGUCCACCUUGGUUCUGGCGACGGGCAGCCCAAAGAUUCUGGGCCUCUUCCUCCAGUGGAAAAGAAGCUCAGGUGCACAGUUGAAGGCUGUGACCGAACGUUUGUGUGGCCGGCUCAUUUCAAAUACCACCUUAAAACUCAUCGAAACGAGCGCCCCUUCAUCUGCCCUGCAGAAGGCUGCGGGAAAAGCUUCUAUGUGCUGCAGAGGCUGAAGGUGCACAUGAGGACACACAACGGGGAGAAACCCUUCAUGUGCCAUGAGUCUGGGUGUGGUAAGCAGUUCACCACGGCUGGGAACUUGAAGAACCACCGCCGCAUCCACACAGGAGAGAAGCCUUUCCUGUGUGAAGCCCAGGGAUGUGGCCGUUCCUUUGCAGAGUAUUCCAGCCUCCGGAAGCACCUGGUAGUUCACUCAGGAGAGAAACCUCAUCAAUGCCAAGUCUGUGGGAAGACCUUUUCUCAGAGUGGGAGCAGAAAUGUCCACAUGAGAAAGCAUCACUUGCAGCUAGGAACAACUGGGAGUCAAGAACAGGAACAAACUGCCGAGCCACUAAUGGGCAGUAGUUUGCUUGAAGAAGCUUCAGUACCCAGUAAAAACCUGGUGUCUAUGAAUUCCCAGUCCAGCCUUGGUGGAGAGUCCUUGAGUCUACCAAAUACCAAUUCUAUUCUUGGAGUUGAUGAUGAGGUGCUUACUGAAGGAUCCUCACGUCCCCUGUCCUCAGUGACUGAUGUGACACAUCACUUGGUGGCCAUGCAGUCGGGAAGGCAGUCCUAUGAAGUCUCUGUCUUAACUGCAGUAAAUCCACAGGAGUUACUAAAUCAAGGAGAUUUAACUGAAAGACAGACAUGAGUGUGCUGACCUCUGGAGAAGCAGCUCUAUCUGACCCUAGAGUGCAUGAUGGGAACAGAUCCAGAAAACUCACAUUCUGCCAGAAUUAUAAUGAACCUGUGAAGGCCAAAGAUCUCGCCUUGCUUCUGUUCAUCGUCCCUGGCUGAAAAGAGGGAUUCCUCCUGAGGGCUUCUCUUCAACCUCCAUCUGAUCCCGACAGAGUGAGGCUGUGACUAUGGGCUGGAUACUGUAGCUGCCUCUCUUCCUACUGCAGUGUAAUGAUAUGCUGGAUGAAUAUUUGCAUUGUGACUGCGGGUUUUCCUUCCCAGAGUUUUCAUCCUAGACCCAGCUGUCUUCAUAUGGUUAAAUGAUGGCCUGCUUCCAACUAUAGAACUUCACCAGGACAUUGAGUUUUCAAGAUGCCUUGUUGCUUUGAAGAAGGAAGUGAUGCCAGUUAUAUUGUGACAUUCUUCCUUUAGCAACCUGCAUAAAAGACUCUCAGCCAUUGGGCUGUAAAACAUAAAUUACUUGAAUCUCCCCUUGGCCCAGGCUGAGGUACCUGUACACCUCUACUUGGUCAUUUUGUUUUGUUUAUGGGACUUAAAGUAGCAUGUUAUGAGGGUUUUUUUUUUUUUUUAAGUUAAAAACC